ACACCACAUGCACGCACACGGACUCUAUGACUACUCUCUCCGUCUCUCUUUCUCACACUCACUCUCUCUGUUUCGUCCUCUUACCAUUCCUCUUGUUUCUCUCUAACACUCCUCCUCCUGAGUGUUCCUUCCUUUGCAUCCUCUUUCUUUCUCCUUUUUCAUGCCGAGAGUUUGGAACUAAAUUCUGUAUGUCGGCUCGUGUACGUGUGUGCUCCCUAUGUGCGUCAGUGUGCACGCUGGUGAGCGAGAGUGUACGGGAACUACCUCCGUGUGAGUGAAAGCAGUGAGGCGUAUCAGUGAGUGUAUGUGGGUCUCUCUCUUACAGUCACACACUCGCCGCUCCUCCUCCUACUCUUCUUGGGAUCCCCGUGUCCCUUUCCUCGGUGGCAGGCUCCCCACACCCAGAAGUCACCAUUUCCGCCCCAGGGAGAGCCACGCUGGCAGCACAGCCCCUUCCCCAACUCAGCAUCGGGAGGAAGACCCUGGUGGCGGCUGCCGUCGGGGUCAUGCUGGUCCUGGUGCUGGUGGUCCUCAUCCCCGUCCUGGUCAGCUCCGUGGGCACCGACACCAGCCACUUUGAAAUGCUGGGCACCUGCCGCAUGGUGUGUGACCCCUACCUGAACAAGGGCACCACGGCCAGCAGCACCAGCUCCAGUGGCAUCCAGGGAGAAGCCGAGGCCCUCAGCGACAACAGCAACAUGCCCUCCACGCUGGUGCAGGGCCCCCAGGGCAAGCAAGGCAGGCCAGGUAAACCUGGACUCCCUGGACCGCCUGGAGAGCCAGGGCCACCGGGGCCAGUGGGACCCCCUGGAGACCGAGGGUCUGGAGGGAGGACUGGGAUUUUGGGGUUGGGGGGGAAUGGAGCUAUCAGCACAGCCACCUACAGCACAGUGCCCCGGGUGGCCUUUUACGCAGGGCUUAAGAACCCCCAUGAAGGCUAUGAGAUCCUUAAGUUUGACGACGUGGUCACCAACUUGGGAAACAACUACGACGGCAUCUCGGGCAAGUUCAUCUGCAGCAUUCCUGGCACCUACUUCUUCAUCUACCAUGUGCUGAUGAGAGGAGGGGAUGGGACCAGUAUGUGGGCAGACCUCUGCAAAAACGAACAGGUGCGAGCCAGUGCCAUCGCCCAGGACGCUGACCAGAACUAUGACUACGCCUCCAAUAGCGUCAUCCUCCACCUAGACGCAGGCGACGAGGUCUAUAUCAAGCUGGACGGGGGCAAGGCUCACGGCGGCAACAACAACAAAUACAGCACCUUCUCUGGGUUCAUCCUCUACGCCGACUGAACCCACCCAGGUGCUACGUCCAGAGAGAGAAAGACAAAGUAAGAGAUUGAGAGAAAGAGUUGUAAAUGAGGGAAGAAAGGGGUUAAAAGCCAGAAUGCUUUCUAGUUUCCUGGUUCUCUCCAUCGUCACACCAACCUCUGCUUAUAAAACACAUCAGCCCCAAAUCAAGGUUCUCCAGCUCAGCUCGGCCUGCCUGUCUGCCGUGCUGUGAGGGAGGGGGGGAGAACAUGAUGAUAGGGGAGGGAGUAGUGGGGGGUGAAGCUUUGUAGAGAGAGGUGCCCUCCUCAUCAGAAUUCUAUCCUGUCAGUUGCUCCUCGCUUUCCUCUUCCUCAAACUGGAAAAAUAAACCAACUAACUCCAAGUGGAUCCGGCAUCAUAAUCUUCUCUCCAUAACAGUUGGCUAUAUGGACUCUGUUGACUGAAAUUGCCCUAUCUUGUCGUUGUGUGCUUUUCCUUAGAAUGUCAGUAUUUUACUUUUGUAAAAAAUACUACUACAUUGUAUAUUUACACAAAAGAGGAUAUAAAAAAUAUGUUUGUCCCUUGUGAGAUAAAAAACUUGAUUUUGAGAGAAUGGUUUUGUGAGAUGUUGAUUGUGAUUCAGAAGCCUUUAGCUGAGAAAUGGAAAUGAAAGGUGUCAUUAUGGUUUCUAACGAUAUAUGAUUUCUUGCAUUUGACAGCCUGCUAUCACAUGGUGUUUGUUUAUGGGUGAUGUCAGCUGUGGGAACACAGACCUGGUUUGUGGCUGAAUGUUAUUCAUGCAAGGCAUGUUAUACAGAUACAACAUGACAUUUUCCCUCGUCCCAUCCAACGUAUCUAGAGUCUCUAUCCUUGCCCCUUGUCCCGUCUCUAUACCCCGAUCCUAUUUGUCUAUACAGGGCCAAAGUGGGUUGAAAAUAAACUCAAAUGUAUAUUAGAUGUUCUAGUUACGUAAAUAUCCUCCACCAUCAAUGAAGCCACAUAUUCCGUUUCUGAGGUAAACUAUAAGCAGAGCAAGGAGAGAGAGAGAGGGAGAGAGAUGGGAGGAGAGUGAUGGAGGGAGAGAGAUGGAGGGAGAGAGAGAUGGAGAGAGAGAGAUGGAAAGAGAGAGAUGGAAAGAGAGGGAGGGAGAGAGAUGGAGAGAGGGAGAGAGAUGGAAAGAGAAGGAGAGAGAGAGAGGUGGAGUUAGAGAGAGGGAUGGAAAGAGGAGAGAGAUGGAGAGAGGGAGAUGGAUA